UACUUGUUCAUUGUGUGGAUGUUUUUCUUUUACUCUGUAAAAUGUUAAUGUCUUGGCUUUAUUAUGUAAAGUGUCUUGAGAUAAUGAAUGCUGUGAAUUGAUUUGACUUGAAAAUAGUGGGCAAAGGUGACAGAUGUGUCAGAUAUGUGUUUUGAUUUUAACUCCCUAGUUUGCAUCAGGUUAAAAAAAAUAAAAUAAAAAUACUGCAUCCUGUAAUCCUUUAAAAGCAUAAUUCCUUAGGCUGUAAUUGUUGGGUUAAAAUCCAUGUCCUUUAUUUGCCAUGUAGUCACCAUGUUAGCAGCUGUUUCACAGGCUGAGUAAUACCUUCACACCAUGGCAAAAGAUGGAUUUCCCCUUUAAGUAAAAGUGCAAUACCACUCUUUAAAAACAAAUGAUCUAGAGUACUGUAAAUUCCCAUGCCCAGAGGUGUGUACACAUCAUACUAAUUAGUAAUACCCAGCUGUUUAGUUACUGACUUCACCCUUUUGUAUUUUCUGAGCCAAUUUAGUAACCAAAGCUCUUAUACUCUGCUACUGUACUGAAAACGUUUGGCUUUGUGUUCACGCAGGGACAGAUAUACAGAAUUCCCCUCACUCUUUUUACAUACUCAUUGUCUCUUUACUCUGGUCUUCCCUUACAGACAAAUGAAGUGACCGACAGGAGACAAUGUCAUCCUUCCAGGUGGUGGACUCGUCGCCAGGCAGCAGCGUCAGCGUCAUGGAAACGUCCAACUUUGCCCACGUCAUCUUCCAGAAUGUGGGGAAAAGUUUCCUGCCGCAGGCGCCCCUGGAGUGUCGCUACACCCUGACCCCGUACAUCACACCCCACCCCAAAGACUGGGUGGGCAUCUUCAAGGUGGGUUGGAGCACAGCCAGGGAUUACUACACCUUCCUUUGGUCUCCUAUGCCUGAAAACUACGAACCAGGAAGUACUGUUCACAGGACUGUGGUGUUUCAAGGUUAUUAUGUACCUAAAUCUGAUGGAGAGUUCUACCAGUUCUGUUAUGUUACACAUGCUGGUGACAUCAGAGGAGCCAGUACACCCUUCCAGUUCAGGUCAGCCACACCCACCGAGGAGUUGUUGACUGUUACCGAGGACGACAGCAACUCUGACAUACUGGUCGUCACCACAAAGACUGGCCUGAUGGAGCGAGUAGAGGAGGCGCAGCAUGAGCGCAGGGAGCUGCUGAAGGCCAUGCGGGUCCUACAGGAGGAGAAACAACAGCUGCAGGAGGAGCAGAAACGACUGGCCAGGGAGCGGGAGCAGGAGAGGGAGACAUGCAGCCUACUGCGAACUCACAACCAGGAGCUGCUGCGCUCGUCGCAGGGCCUAUCAGAGGAGAGGGAAGAGGUGAGGAGGAGGCUGACGGAGGCCACAGACCGGGUCCGCCAGCUGGAGGAGGACCUGUUGGGAGUCACACAGAGAGGCCUGCAAAAGGAGACGGAGCUGGAUUGUCUGCGUGAUCGUCUGAAGAAGCUGACAGCAGAGAGGGACAGUCUUGAGAGCCAGCUGAAGAAUGAGAAGGAUGAAAGGGACCUCUACAAGAAUCACCUGCGCAGCACCGAGCUGGAGAACACUAAGCUGAGUGCAGAGCUCCAGAUGUUGAAAGCAGUGGAGCUGAACCGGGAGGUGACCAUUGCCCAGUUCCAGGAGGAGCUGGAGAGGCUCAGAGCCUGUGUUGCUCAGCGGGACAGCUUAGAAAAAGAGCUGCUGGCGCAUAAGACCGACAAGGCAGAGUUGGCUCGUGUACGCGAACAGCUCCGUCAGGCCGAGGAGCAGCUGCAGGCAUCGCGGCAGCAGGCUUCCCUGCUGGCCUCAGAGCUCCGAGACUCCGCCAGUGCUCGCGACCACACCAUGACUGAGCUGUACCGCGCCCGCUUGGAGGCCGACAAGCUCCGCGCCAGCCUGGUCGAUGCACAGGCCGAGUGCCAGCGCAUGGAGAGCCAGUUAGAUCGCAUGAGGAGCACCGCACAGAAAGAAGUGGGUGUUGGCACCAACGGGGAGGUGACAGCCAGUAUUAUGGUGGUGUCAGAGGCAGAGGCCGAGCUGCAGAGGGAGGUGGAGGAGCUGAAGCUGCGUCUUCACAUGGCCGCGGAACACUACAAAGAGAAAUACCGGGAGUGUCAGCGCCUCCGCAGGCAGGUCGCGAAGCUGAACACAACCGAGGCACAGGGGGAGCCAAAAAGAAAUGCAUCAACUGAGACGACGCAGGAGCCACUCACUCCGAGUCCAGAAUCACCCACAGCAGGGAACAUAGCUACGGCGGUUCUACAAGAAGCAGCUGAGAUAACAAUCACCUCCGAACUCUGCAUCCGGGAAUCUGCGUGCACUGACACACAUACCUGCACAGCAACAGACGACAAGCAGAUUGGGGGUCUGCAGAAGGAGAGGGCAGAGGCAGAGGUUGUGGCAGAAGGGAACCAGAAUGAGGACAAUGACAAAGAGAAGAAAGAGAAAGAGGAAAAGAAGGAGAGCCUGCCAGAGGAGAGCCUGAGGAUGACGAGCUGGGUGGAGGUGGAGAACGAGAGGCUGAGCGCUGAGGUGGAAAGUGCAGAGGAGGAGGAGGCGGAGGAGGAGAGGGAGGUUAUGAAGGAGCCGAUCCUGCUGGAGGUGGAGGGCAGGAGUAAGGCGGAGGCAGAGAAGGAACAGACUCGCUCCGUGGAGGAAGAGCUGGCGCUGAUGGAGGAGAAGUGGAGGGAGCAGUGUGCGAUCAACGAGACGCUCAAACAGCGGCUGGCCAAUGAGGAGGAGCGAUUCAGAGUGCAGAUGGCCGAGCGAGCCAAUGAGGUGACAGAGCUGAAACGCAACCUCGCCCGGGCCCUCAGAGAUAAGGAGCAUCUACAGGAGGAGCUGCAGCGGUUCAGACAAAGGGAGCAGGAGGCGGGCGUUCAGGGUGCUGAGGUCAGGCAGCCAAUGGUGCUGCACUACCCUCUCCCCUACCCCCAGGACCCCUCCCCUCCACCACUGGUGCCCCAGCGGCCUGCUGAGCUGCAGUUCGGCAAUCCCUACUCCACUGACAACUCAAACGACCAUUCGGAUGUUGGUCAGUCUCCUGAGGACAACUCCCGUCCACCGCCCGAAGCUCCGCCCUGCGCGGCGCCAUGCGCGCCCCCAGUCACACUUCGAAAUCCUGACCCCGCUGCACCGGGCUGGGAACGCGAGGUGGUCUGCAUCCAGCCGUCUCGCAACACCAGCCCCCCCGAGAAGCUGGAGCAUCCACCAGAGGAGCCAAGAAAUGGGGCAGAUGGAGCUCAGCCGUCCUGUGAUCAUCAGUCCGAAAGACGCACUGAAGCCAGACGCAGCUUCUGCUUUGACUCCAGUAACGACGUACACAAGCGCUGCCCUCUAUGCGAGGUGAUCUUCCCUCCCCACUUUGAACAGCGCAGCUUCGAGCAGCACGUCGAGAGCCACUGGAAGAUCUGCCCCGUCUGCUCCGAGCAGUUCCCCCUCAACUGUCAGCAGCAGCUCUUCGAGCGGCACGUCCUCACGCACUUCGACGGCCACGUGCUCAACUUUUAGCAGAUCGAGUGA